CGGAUAUGAAAAUGUGUGCCUCCGUUCGACGGUGGCUGGCAAUUAUACACGCACCGGAAGCGUGCCGGUUGCAGCACGGCGUACGCUGCCUCCGUAGGUGGAUACAAAAAUAGGCUCCAUUCCGCCCACUUCUUCCCAGCUGUCGGAGCAACCGAAGGUGACCAGUGCAAAUAGACCAGCUUGUCACCUGUACGCUAAUGCCCGCAAAGGCACACGCGUCCCCCCGGAAGCGGCCGAGCAGAAGAUUGCUGCUAAGUGCGAAAGACAACACACCAGGGCAAGCGCGCUUCUCACCUUGAACUGGGGAUGCGAUCGAGCGUUACGCAAUUGCGAAGCUCCGACCAGCCGACCGGGGGAACGACCACAUGUGCACACUAGGCCAAGACAUCUUCACGAAGUUGGUGACGUGCUGGGCGGCCUGUGCUUUUGCUCCCGGAACCGUCUAGAUCGCCGUUAUCUGCCGUCUAGCGGUCGCACUAAAUUUUGAUGUGUCCAAAACGCGACGCCAACCGCACAGAAGACAAGCGAGGUAGAGGGGAAGUAAUAUUACAACAACAACAACAACAAAACCCAUCACACGCCUCAAGAACGCCUCAAUGGACGGCUUCUUAUCACGGCAUGGAAUUCAUUCCAUUUUGACUAAUACCUUGAGCGCCCUCGACCCGCCGACGGUCAAAAGCUGCUGGGGUAUCUUGCCGCCCUCGUUGCACCAUCGGACGCGCCGCACAAUGUCACGAUCGUGGUCAGGUGGGGGGGGGGCACUGUGCCACUACCCGUUCCCUGUGCCAAGACAUGGCACAGAAAACGCGCUUUACUAGAGCGAGGGAGAUAAACUACACAAAUCCACCACCGCCACCAGCCAACGAAUUAGGUCAUGAAAAUGACGGAAAACACCAUGUGAGGCGUGCGUUCUUGCGGAUAGGAAGCAAGCGAACGCCCCCAAAAAAACACGGCACCCCCUAGAGCUGGACACGGCCGUUCGAAGGGGGUUUCGGUAGCGUUCGGUAUGACGCGACACGGCAGCAUUACACAAGACGCGACCGAAAAUAAAACGACGCAACCAAUAGCAACCGUUGGGCGCAGAGGAAACGCAGGACCAGUAGGUGCUCCCCACCCAAAAACGGGGCGAAAAGAACGGCCCAAAAAAAAAAGACAACAAGGGUGGUAAAAAUAUCGUAUCCGCGCUCUAUCGAAAAGAGGGUAGAUGGGGAAGAGCAGAAGAAUCCAACAGGCAGUGUCGACCGAUAGAACGGACGCCAUGACCGCACCACCGGGCAGUGCGCUGGGUGGAGGAUGAGGCUGAGCCGAGCGAUCACUGAUUAGCGAUCGGAUCCGUCUGAGCAGGUCGUGGAGGAGAUCUUUUUGCGGGGUUGUUUUCUUCUUCAAAUUGUAUUCUGUGCUACUGCUGUUGCUGUUUUUGGUGGUAAUAGAGGCAGCCGGCCGCGGUAUCAUCGCAGUCAGACUUUCGGCCACUUCGGCAGCAACUCUGCGGCGGAGUACACUCGGCAGCGGCGUGCCCCGGAAGCAGCUUCGAAACCGCGCGCGCAUAUUGGCACUACACGUGCGCUAGAGUGAUCGGUGUCCGGUGUUGGGAUUCCCCCGUUCCCUCUGUAGGGAUUUUCGUCAGUGAUUGUUUUGGUGAUUUUGAAUUGCAUCUUGGUGCGUGGAUUGUUUUUUUUUUUUUUUGAGUUAUUGUUGGAUCGAUCGUCACCUCAGCUGGAGCACAAACAUCUUCGUAAAGGUUCCUGUGCGAUGGUAUUGUUGUGCUAGUGUGUCCAGCGUCCAUUUCCAACCAUCCUUUGGCCGAGCCAUCGCACAAACGCACGCAUCAUGUUCAACUGCCGCACGCUGACGCUUUACUUCCACAUACCGCUGGCUGCGGUGCUGCUCUACUGGUAUCGGCCCUAUCUGUUUGACCAGUUUACCGUCGGUACGACACAGGCACCACCGCCACCCCCACACCAUGCCACAUCAGACGCGCUGGUACCGCCCGAUCCGGGCCACACCGAUCUCUCGGUAAAGCUGUCCUACUCCACCCUGCACAUGUACGAGACGGCGGCCAUCUGCUCGGAUUCGGACAUUUGCAGCAACAUCGGUCGCGACCUGCUCAAGCGGAACGGCUCUGCAGUGGAUGCCGCCAUCGGGACCAUGUUCUGUGCCGGGCUGACCAACCUCCAGUCGAUGGGUUUGGGCGGCGGGUUCGUGAUGAACGUCUACCGGCGGGCGGAGCGGCGGGCCUACACGCUGGACGCGCGCGAAAUCGCCGCCGGCCAGGCGACGGAGGAUAUGCAUCUGCACGAUCCGAGCACGACGAACGAGGGCCCCCUGUCGGUGGCGGUACCGGGCGAGCUGAAGGGCUACUGGGAGGCGCACCGGCGCUUCGGCCAGCUGCCGUGGGCGGAGGUGGUCCGCCCGAGCCGGGAGCUGUGCCGCCGGGGCAUACCGAUCUCGAAGCACAUGCAAGACUCACUGUCCUUUAACUCGAAAGCACUGCUAGACGAACGGAUCAGGGAUCUCUUCACAGAUCCAGCCACCGGGCGGCGCAAAGUGCAGGGCGAUCUGAUACAACCGACGCAACUGUGCGAUACGCUCGAUCACAUCGCAACCGAGGGUGGUGACACGCUUUACCAGGGUCCCCUGGCGGAAGAGUUUGCAGCAGAUCUCAAGGACAUGGGUAGCAUCAUAACGCUGGAAGACCUACGAAGCUAUCGUGUUCGCUGGAACGAAUCUAUACCGAUCGAGCUGAACGGAGAUACAAUGUACGUGGCGCCUCCUCCGGCAAGCGGUGUCCUGCUGGCGUUUAUCAUGAACAUCCUCAAGGGCUAUCACUUCCAGCCAGACGAUGUGCACAGCAUCGAGGAAACAAUCCUCACCGUGCACCGUAUCGUGGAGGCGUUCAAGUUUGCGUACGGAAAGCGAACAGAAAUCGGUGACCCAUUGUUCGUGGAUAUUGCGGAGCUGACAUCCAAUCUCACCUCGAUCGAGUACGCGGAAGCGAUACGUGCUCGUAUAGAUGAGAUGAAAACCGGAACCAAACCGGGCGACUAUGACGGAUAUUUCUUUACGCCAAACAAUGAAGGCACGGCACACAUCUCCGUGCUAGCACCAUCCGGAGAUGCAGUGUCGGUGACUAGCUCGGUCAACUUCUACUUUGGAGCGGGCCUGAUGGGACCUCGUACCGGGAUCAUUGUGAACAGUGGGAUGGAUGACUUCUCUUCUCCAGGCCUGCGCAACUAUUUUGGACUGCCCGGCUCGAAGGCUAACUUUAUUCGGCCCCGAAAGCGAGCUCUAUCCUCCAUGUCACCCACGAUCGUGACCGAUCCAGACCAUGAGGUCAAACUGGUCGUUGGAGCAGCUGGUGGAACGAAAAUUACCACCGCCGUUGCAUUGACCAUAAUGCGUGUCCUAUGGUUUGGAUAUGAUAUAAAAGAAGCGAUUGAUGCGCCACGGUUUCACCAUCAAUUGAUCCCGAUGGCUGUACAGUACGAGUAUGGUAAUUUGGAUCUGAUCGUAAAGGGACUGAGAGCAAAAGGACAUCACACGAUGCGAUAUCGGGAACGUGGUUCCAUCAUAUGUGCCAUCGCCCAGAAUGCAUCCGGCAUUUACGCGAAUGCCGACUUUCGGAAGGGUGGCGAUGUUGCCGGUUUUUGAAACAUUAUCCAAAAAGAAUGUCAUGGUCGCAUUCAAGUGCAACUUAGCCUUAAAACUAAUAAGAUAGGUAUGGUUAGGAGCAAUCGUUAUAAAAUAAUUACAGCAUUUAAGCAACAUCAAUCUUAAACAAAAGCAAAGACGCGCGCCUGGCGUCUAUCGCUGUCUUUAACUCUCUUUCUCUCGUGGUGCUAGCUAGAUAGUGUACAGUUUUUGUAAAAUGUUACUAGGUACAAUUUAUAUUUAUCAGUUAAGGUAAACGUGCCGUUUUUCCCUUUAAUUCAAGGGUUAAAUGGGUAAAUAUGGAAGAAUUCUACUAGAAUUUGAGGCCGCAUAAGCAAUCUAAAUAAAACAAAUCAAAUUGUUUCCUCAAAUAAAUGUCUUUCUCAUAUCAUCA